CACACGUCUGCAUGGCGCCGCAUAAAAGGCGGAAAGCCUACCUGGAUCCUGGGUCCACUGCCACCAUACCGCGGGCCACAAAGUGGCAUCUUACAAGAUCUGCCGACGGUAGUUCACAAGCAACGCGUCGUCGGACAGCAAAUGAAAGCAAUCAGAGGCCUGCCAGCGCGCAUUCACCGCAACUGCGGUGCAGCAACGCUGACAAUGAAAGUUUACGGAAGCAUUGCGAAAGAAGUUACGACAACUUGGAGGUCACGGAUGAUAGUGAUCAUUAUUUCAGCGACUCGAGUGAAGGUAGUGAACGCGUGACAUCCCCGUGUGGCACAUCGUUGUUCGUCCAGGAAGACGAGGGUUCAAGCGGCAAUUAUGACCUGCCAAGUGAUUCUUUUAAUGUCGAGGAUCUCACACUUCCGUUCAUUGAAGGCGGGCGGCUGACUUGCGGUGAUGCAUAUAUGAUGCUUCUAGAUAUUGCCGUUAAAUUUGGCCUAUCAUGGACAGCAAUUGAGGAAAUUCAAAAGUUGGUCAACAACCUCAUUGAAAAAAAAGCGUUUCCUGAAAGCAGAUACCUUUUCAAAAAGGUUUGUGGUGUAGACAUGGACGAUGUCGUAUUUCAUUUUUACUGUUCACACUGCAGGUUGCACCUUGCAGACACGAAAGGUACCCUGGACGAGAGGAAACGUCUCCAAAUUGUGUGUGAUAUUUGUCAUACGCAAUACACGGGUAGUGGCCUUGUGCGUGAUGGCAGCUUUUUUAUCAGUCUCCCCAUUAAGAAGCAACUUACCUCUAUCCUAUCAAGCAAGACAGUUGGCUCUGCUGUAAUGAGCUCACUCACUCGGAAGCACCAACAAUGAGAGCGCGAUGAGCGACAUCACCGAUGGUAUACAUUACAAGGAGAUGCGUCAAAGAAUUGAUGGGACUGAUUUAACUUUGACCAUAAAUUCUGACGGAAGCCCCGUCUUCAACUCGUCCAAUUACAGCAUAUGGCCAGUGCAGCUUGCUUUGAAUGAGCUGCCGCCACGAUUGCGCUGGAACAACAUCAUGACACCAGUACUUUGGUAUGGCAAAGAGCACCCGGACAUGACUCUUGUACUCCAAGCCUUCGUGAGGCAGCUCCAGGAGCUGAACAAAACUGGACUGACAUGGACGUUUGCCAACGCCAUAGUAAAAUCAAAGGUGUUCUGCAUCUGUUGUUGUGCGGAUACCCCAGCCAGGGCUGCAAUGCAGCACAGGGUUCAGUUCAACGGCUACUAUGGAUGCAGCUGGUGCUACCACCCAGGGGUACUGUGAAAUACUGUGUCACCACGCCCUUUCCAGACCGAACAGAUGAAGAGGCACUUAAAGACAUGACAGACGCCUGCAACACUGGAGCCACUGUACAUGGGGUUAAGGGGCCAUCACCAUUAAUUAAUUUGCCAGGUUUUAGCCCUAUUUGGUCCUGGUGCCCAGACUAUAUGCACAGUGUCUUGCUGGGUGUUGCGCGACAGAUAACAGACCUGUGGUUUACAGCAACAGGCACUGACUAUUACUGUGGCAAGGCAUCGAAAAUGGCAAUCGUAGAUAAGAGAAUUCUGUCUUUAAAGUUGCCUGAGUGCAUUAACCGGCGGCCAAGAGCACUGCUGGCUCGGAAGUAUUGGAAAGCUUCUGAAUGGCAGUGUUGGCUCCUGUAUCACAGCAUGCCGUGCCUAGCAGAUGUGCUUGAAGGCAGAUAUCUACACCAUUGGAGCCUCUUGGUCUCAGGAGUCUUUCUCCUACUGAGAAACUCCGUUACAAAAGCAGAUGUUGACCAGAGCACUCGUCUGCUCACAGAAUUUGUUGUGAAUGUGCAAUUUCUUUAUGGUAAAAGUGCCAUGACUUACAAUGUUCAUCAAC